AUGGCCGAGCGAGGCUGCUUGCGUGGUGACCGGAUCGGAGUAUCCUCUGCAACCGCUUCACCUCCGAGGCGGCCGGCGGCGGCGGCGGACGAGGAGCCGCUCCCGCCGUGGCUGACGGAAGCGGACGUGGACCGGUUCGCGUCGGAGUUCGAACGGACGGGGUUCACGGGCGGCAUCAACUACUACCGCAACAUGGACCGGAACUGGGAGCUGGCGGCGCCGUGGGCGGACGCCAAGGUGGCGGUGCCCACCAGGUUCGUCGUCGGCGACGGCGACCUCACGUACCACUACCCGGGCAUCCAGGACUACAUCCACAAGGGCGGCUUCAAGGCCGACGUGCCGCUGCUGGAGGACGUUGUCGUCAUCCCCGGCGCCCGCAACUUCAUCCAGCAGGAGAAGGCCGACGAGGUCAGCCACCACAUCUACGACUUCAUCUCAAGGUUCUGA